AUGGCAAACUCAAAGUUUGAAUACGUGCGCAAUUUUGAGCGCGAUGAGAUCUUAUUACCCAACACAUGGAUUGUGGUGAGGAUCGAUGGGAGGGGGUUUCAUAAAUUUUCCAGCCACUAUGCCUUCACCAAGCCCAACGACAUCCGGGCUCUGGACUUGAUGAACAAGGCGGCCGCACAUGUCGUUACUACGAUCCCGGAGAUUGUUCUGGGGUACGGCGUCUCAGACGAAUACAGUUUUGUCUUCCAUCGGUCGACGAAUUUAUUUGAACGCCGGGCCGCGAAACUUGUCAGUACUGUCGUGAGUACUUUUACGGCGGCUUAUGUUGCGCUGUGGCCUACUUGCUUUACGACUACGGGCGACGGCGAGAAUGAAGGUAACGUAGAAGGCGAGGGUAAGGCCAAAGGGGGCCUGGACAUCAACAUGCUGCCUACAUUUGACGGGCGCGCUGUGUUAUAUCCAAGUUGGGAGAAUUUGCGGGAUUAUUUGAGUUGGAGGCAGGUUGACUGCCACAUCAACAACCUCUACAACACUACGUUUUGGGCCCUGGUGAAUCAAGGCGGCAUGUCGCAUACCGAGGCAGAAGAGUUUCUCAAGGGCACGGUAUCCGCUGACAAGAAUGAGAUAUUGUGGAGUCGGUUCGGUGUCAAUUACAAUAAUGAGGCUGAGAUGUUUAGGAAGGGGAGUGUGGUGUUUAGGGAGUAUGCACUUGAGUCGCCGGCUGUCGAUCCGACAGUCCACAAAGACGAGAAGGAUGAUGGUGAAACUGGUGCUUCUGGCACGGGUGAACAGCCCCUGUCCAAGACGCAGAUGGAGAAGAUGCGCAAGACCAGACAGAAGGCUAAGGUCGUGGUUAGGCAUCUGGAUAUCAUCAGGGAUGAGUUUUGGGUGCAAAGACCUUGGAUACGGUCUGGGAAGCCCGGGAGAUUGGUCGACGAGGGGUCUCAAAUUUGA